AGAGACCGAACCGGUACCAUGAGAAGAAACGAGUUUCUGUGUCCCCAUUUCCAAUGGUCCAACCUUUGAACACAAACCUGUCCAUUUUACCCAGAAGCACCGAAAAGAAGAAAGACUGUGUGCUGUACCCGCGUAAAACAAGACCCUUUUGAAACGUUUCGUGGUAGAAGGAACAGCGUAGUUAGUCAAGUCAAACAAUCACUUAAAAGACUCGUUCUCCUUAAUUGGUUCUUCAGCACUUGUUCAGUUCUUCUUAUUGUGAACAAAGAGUGAGAGACAGACGCUGUUGGAUCAUUGGAUCAUCACUCUUUGUGAGGAACAGGAAGGAAGAACAAUAAUGGGGAUGAUCAAUGUGAGCAUUGCGGGGUUGGAUCCCCAGAUGGCUGCAGAAAAAGCUGUGAAUGUGAUUGGUCAAGGGUAUGAUCUUUGCAGCGAUAUAAAGUUCUCGGCUUGUAGAAACAGGUUGAUAGAGAUCGACAAAACGCAUAGUAGAGACCUUGUUUUUCCCGGUGGGGUUGUUGUUUCCGAUGUUCCCAGCUCCAUCAAGUGUGACAAAGGUGAACGCACCAGGUUUCACUCUGAUGUGCUCCCUUUUAAUCAGAUGUCUGAGCAUUUCAACAAACAGAUAUCCUUGUCUGGAAAGAUUCCAUCCGGCCAAUUCAAUAUCAUGUUCAACAUGAAAAAAUGUUGGCCUACAGACGCAGCUUCUACUAAAAACCUUGCCUAUGAUGGAUGGUUCAUAACAUUAUAUAAUGUCGAAUUAGAUAGAACCAACAUAACCCUUUCUGAAAGUGUGAAAAAAGAUGUGCCUUAUUCAUGGAACCCCGCAGCUCUUGCUGAGUUCAUUGAAAAAUAUGGUACCCAUAUAAUAGUUGGGGUGCAGAUGGGAGGGAAGGAUGUGGUUCAUAUCAAGCAGACAAAAAAUUCAGAUUUACAGCAGGCCGAACUGCAGAAAUUGCUAAAGCAGUUAGCUGAUGAGAGGUUUUCUGAGGCUUCAAAUCAUAGUUCUAAUGUCGAUCCUGCUGACAAAUCAAGAAAAGUAAAGGAUAAUCGUGCUAAGAUGUGGGGGUCCAAACCGAUUCCUGUUGCUGGCAGGCCAGUUGUAAGAAAUCACUCCAAGAAUGAUGAUAUUGUGAGCAUUUCUGUUCGAAGAGGGGGUAUUGAUAAUGGUCAAUCUUACAACCAAUGGCUUUCAACCAUAUCACAAUCUCCUAAUGUCAUAUCAAUGUCUUUUGUGCCUAUUACUUCCCUGCUGAAUUCUGUUCCGGGCAAUGGAUUUUUAAGUCACGCAAUGAAUUUGUAUCUUAGAUAUAAACCAGCAAUAGAAGAGCUUCAUCAAUUUCUAGAAUUUCAGUUGCCUCGACAAUGGGCACCAAUGUAUGGUGAUCUGCCUCUUGGAUUCGGCCAUAAGUAUAAGAAGAGCAUGUCCCCAUCACUUCAGUUCACUCUCAUGGGACCCAAGCUUUAUGUUAACACUGUGAAGGUUGACUCUGGAAACCGGCCUGUGACUGGAAUUCGCUUAUACUUGGAAGGCAAGAAAAGUGACCACCUGGCAAUCCAUCUUCAGCAUCUUUCAGAGGUUCCAGGAGCCCUUGAAAUUUCAGAAGAUCAUGGUUAUGAUCCCGUGGACGAACCAGAGGAACGAGGCUACUAUGAGCCGGUGAAAUGGAGCAUGUUUUCCCAUGUCUACACAGCACCUGUGCAGUACAGUAGCUCCAGCAUGGACGAGUCCACGGCCAUCGUGACAAAAGCCUGGUUUGAAGUGAAGCUCGUAGGCAUGAAGAAAGUCCUUUUCUUGAGACUUGGAUUCUCCACGGUAGCAUCUGCCACAAUUCGCAGAUCAGAAUGGGAUGGACCUUCAACCACGUCGCGAAAGUCAGGAUUCUUCUCAGCACUGAUGAGUACUAGGCUCAGCAAGGAAUUGCAGUCACCAGAUCAGAAGCCGAAUAAGGUGGAUAUAAACUCGGCAAUUUAUAAUGUUGGACCACCUGUGCCAACAAGGGUUCCAAAAAUGCUUAGUUUUGUGGACACAAAGGAAAUGGUUCGAGGUCCUGAGGAUACACCAGGGUAUUGGGUGGUGACUGGGGCAAAGCUGUGUGUAGAGGGUGGUAGAAUCUCAAUCAAGGCAAAGUAUUCCUUGUUGACUAUAUUGUCGGAAGAAUCUCUGCUGUAGUGAGAAGUCAUAGCAAGUUAGUUAAUACUGUUAUUGUCUUGUUGUAAAUAUCUUGUACCAAUAUACCAUUUAUUUAUUUUUUUAUUUUAAAAAAAAGUUAUAGGGGGGAGUGUCGUCUCGUGCUAAGUGGCCUGAGUAUGGCAAUUUCAUUUGCUUGUUGGUAGAUUAUGGUUUUGAUUUAUUUUUGGCAAAACUGCCUUCAAUGAUGUUGAUAAAUAAUAGUAUUUGGAAUUUGGAGUCAAAGUGUUUUGUUUUUAUUUUGUGAAUUCUGGCUGAGUCAAGGACUACCCUAACAGAGAAA